AUGUCUACCACCACAACCGCGUCCACGGCCACUAGUACCGCCUGUGGAACAUCCUUUCAAUACGAACUCCCCGUUAAAGAUGCAGCAUGCGGCGUUCCCAACACCGACAAGUACAACGGAUAUCUUUCCAAAUGCGCGAAGCCUGCAGGAGUAACCGAAUACAACAAUGACUGUGCUAUCUAUGCCUUGGCUGUUGACCAGUCAGUCCAAGAGCUCACAGACUGUCUCUACGACGCCGGCGUCGAAUGGAAGGACGUGUGGUGCUACGGCUCCACGAAUGCCACCGCGACGGCAACAUCAUACCCGACCUCAUCGGAAACCUCGGCGUCAACCACCGACAAGAAGAAGUCGUCGACUUCGACAUCCAGCUCGGAGACCAGUACCAGUACAUCCGGUGCUAGUGACACAUCGCCAAAAGCGCACAUUGGCUUGAAAGCUGUCGUGUUUCUUUCCACUGUCUUUGCCUCUUCGAUUUUCUUGGGGGCAUGA